CUGUGGGUAAUCAGGGGUGGAAAUUUCCCUUAUGCUGUGUGAGAAGAUCCAGCUGAGAGAGCUGUUUACUCGGUGCUUUGUGCUGAACUGUUUGACUGGAGCUGUGUGUUGGAUAUUGAGUGUGUUUAUUGGAAACAUUUCCCUCCUGAUUUCCAGGCUGAGUUUUGUUGAUGUCUCAUUCCUGAAUAUGAGAAGAAGGAUUGCACCAUACACCAGAGAAUACAGAGAGGACAGACACUGCAAGUAGAUCCUGAUCAUCACCCAAGGAACAACUGCACAACUGUGGGAAUACAUCCAGUCCCUUUGCAGCAUUGCUGAACACUGAGAAAGUGGGAAUUGGUUUGGGUCACAGGGGUUUGACAUAUCACAAGAACUGGUCAGUGGUAUGGAGCAUUCCAUCAGAACCAACCUUUUCAAGGGUUCAGCUGUGAGUGAUCAGUCAGGCUGAGACUGGGAAAAAGUGUGAAUGGGCUCACAUGUGGUGAGAGCUUCAAUCAUUUAUUGAACCUCGUGAACCAUGAUUCAUCUCUGUAGGUGAGAGGCUGUUCAUGUGUGUGGUGGGCUGUACAGGCUCAUAAGACCUUAUAGCACAAAGUGCAGUUAACACAAAGCCAGUUCAAUGGACGAUAAACCAUUCAAGUGUGAGGUAUGCAACAAAUCAUUCUCAUGCUCAUCUCACUUCCUCGUACACCAACGCACUCACACGGGUGAGAAACCAUUUACCUGUGAUGUUUGUGACAAAUCAUUCUCGCAGUCAGUGACCCUCCGUGUUCACCAACGUAUUCACACUGGGGAGAAGCCAUUCAGAUGUGAGGUAUGUGACAAAGCCUUCACACAGUUAUCGAGCCUCCUAGUCCAUCAAACCAUCCACACGGGGGAGAAACCCUUCAAAUGUGAGAUUUGUGAUAAAGCUUUUCCAACAUCAACAAGGCUUCUGGAACACCAGAGCAUCCAUACAGGGGAGAAACCCUUCAGGUGCCAGGUGUGUAACAAAUCAUUCUCGCGCUCCUCUCACUUCCGAACACAUCAACGCAUUCACACUGGGGUGAAACCAUUCAAGUGUGAAGUCUGCAAAAAAUCAUUCUCUCAGUCAUCGACCCUACGUGAACACCAACGCCUUCACACUGGGGAGAAGCCCUUCAAAUGUGAGGUGUGUAAUAAGGGAUUUGCUCAGCUGCCAGGCCUGGUGAGUCACCGCCGCGUUCACACAGGGGAGAAGAAAAUAUUCACGUGUGAAGUGUGUAAUAAGGAGUUUGAACAGUUGUGGGGAAUGUUGGAUCACCGUCGCAUUCACACAGUCAGUAAUGCUCCCGAGAAACUGACACACUCACGUUGAGGAAAAGUUGUGAGGUCUGUGAUGAAGGCUUCACAAGAAAGACACCCUUUCUGAUAUACCAGCUGUUUCAUUCAGAUGAGAAAUCAUUGACUUGGGAGAUGUGUGACUGAGUCUUCACUCUUAGCAACACUCAUGAAUCAUCAAUGUAUUCUUACAGGCAAGAAGCUGUUUUAGUGUGAAUUUCUUAACAAGGGCUUUGCACAGUCUCAUCAGGCCUGAUGUAUUAUCGGCAUACUGACAUUGAAGAUAAGCUAUUCAGCUAAAGUGUGUAACAAAUCCUUGACAAGCUCAUUGGAGCUUCCUGGCUAUGAGAAAAUCAACAUGGUGAGAAACCAUCCAAGUUGAAUUUUAAGAUAAAGUCCUCCUGAAGUUUUCAACCAUCAUAAGAUACCAAAGGACCCCCACUGGAGAAAAAAAAACAUUCACGUGCAAGAGUAUGACAAGGCAGUCACAAAGUCAGUGUGCUUCCUGGUCCAUGAAUGCACACGCAUGGGGAAAAACCCUAUCGGUGUCAGUUCCACAAUAAAGUCUUCACACAGUUGUUAGACCUACUGGAAUAUCAGUGAACCCACACAAGAUGCUUUUCUGCUGUGAUGUGUACCAGGACUUUUACCCUACUCCCAUAGACUGAUGAAGAAGCUUGCCAGCAUCCAAAGCAAAGUAGCUGCAUGAUUGCGGCCAUGUGCUCAAACAUUCUUUGCCUCUACCAUCUACCUGCAACGGCAGUGUGUACCAUCUAUAGGAUGCACUGGACAGGUUCACCAAGGUUCCUUCGACAGCACCUUUCAAACCCACGACCACUAUCAUCUAGAAGGACAUUGAAACAUUACCACCUGCAGUUUCCCCUGUGAGUUAUGGGAAGGCAUUAGCGUAGUUGUCACUGGACUAGUGACCCAAUCCUCAGGCUAAUGUCCUGGGACCAGGGUUUGAAUCCUAACAUGGCAGAUGGUGAAAUUCAAAUUCAGUAAAAAUCUGGAGUUUAAAGUGGCAGUGAUUGUUGUAAAAACCAACCAGUUUACUAAUUUCAUUGAGGGAAGCAACCUACCUUCCUAACCAGUCUGUCUGGCAUACACAUGAUUGACACACAAUCACACAGUGGCUGGUUCUUAACUGUCUUCUGGGCAAUUAGACAUAAGCAAUAAAUGCCAGUCACACUUUCCCAUCAAAGAAUAAAAGUAAACCUCCAAAGCCAGUCACCAUCUUGACUUGGAAAUAUAUCUCUGGGUCAAAAUCCUGCAAUUUCCUUCCGAAUGGCAUUGUGAGGAUACAUUUACCAUCUGGACUGCAGUGUUCAAGAAAGCACCAUCACCUUCUCAGUUCAUGAUAGGCAGUAGAUGCUGGUUCAGCCAAUGAAUGAACAGAAAAAGACCCUUCUUGUUAUAGUUAGUUUCUGUUAUUUUAUGACUUCUCGUGAAGAUACAAGGAAAUUUUAUAGUUUCAUCCUUGCCAAUUUGUAUAGAAUAGAGGAACGUAUGUUGUCGUGUCCUCAUUGUCUCAGUUUUGUUUAAUUGGUCUAACUCAUUGAGUCAAAUUACUGAUUUUUAUUUUAAAGACCAUUUGUUAGGUGAUGUUUUUGCUCUCUCUGGUUGUGGGUGGUUGGAAUGUGUUAUUCACUUUGAAAGCAAGGUUGCAUGUAAACUUAAACUUUGUAAAAUUAACACAGAAGAUCACAACGUACUAUUACAAAGUAGGUAGCAGCUAAAAACUGUGUUUAUAAAGUAUGUGCAUCGUAAGCAGUCUAUAAAAGUCAGAUAUUCUUAUACUUUCAGUUUUGAGGUAUAAAAGCUUUAAAAGAAUUAUAUAGUUGCAAACUUAACUAAUACUAAGAAUCCAUUUAGCCAGUUAUUAUUGUUUCUCUUCUGCACUGUGAUAUAAAACGAAGGUAAUAAAGAAUAGAGCUAUACUUUUCUUGUAUAAAUCCCUUCUAAAUUUGGCUGCCAGUUCCUCUGUUCAUAACACCAGGUUGUGGAUAAGGGUUGUAAUGACAUGUCAGCUUUCCCAUUAACCUUGAAGAUUGCAAAUUCUCACAAUGUGGCUCUGUAAAAUAGAAGUAAGUUAAACAGAGACCUGUCAGCAUUUGAUCAGUAAUUAAUUCAUGAAUAUAUUACUUAUAUGCUGUUUAAAACUCCAUGGUGUAUUUCGCUGUCAGUUGAAGCUCCAAAGUGUCACUUGAUAUUGAAGAACUAAAGCUUUGUGCUCAACUAUAGUUUAUUAUUAAUUUAGUUAAUUAAUAUACUGAUUAAAACUAAACUAAAUUAAACUAAUCAUGAACCAUCAAUUUUGCUGCACUUUGGCUAAGAAGGCAAUUAGAUACUCAGUUGAAAAAGGGGCUUCAGCCACUGAUUUUCCAGCACAAGCACCCGACCGGCGGGAGGAGGAGGAGGAGGAGCCAUUAGUAAUGGAGGCACUUCAGUUAUCCUGUGAAACUCUGGUCUAUGGAGGAGGAGAAUCAGCUAGGAGUCCCAUUUCUCAUCAGUGAGCCCAGCUGGGAAAUCAGUGGGAGGGCGGGAUAUGUCUUGGCAGUCUCUGUCUCCAUUGUCUCACAACAUUCACUGUCUGGCUGUCCACAUGCUGAAUGGCCACUCAAACAGAGCACUAGAUGCUGAUCGAUGUCUAGACUGUCCUGUAGGUUAGUACCUUGAGGAUUGGAGGGAUUAUCAGAGAACAACAGCUUGUAUUUCCAGAGUAUCUUUAAUAUAGUAAAACAUUCCAAAGUGUUUAAUUAAGAUGUAACCAGACAAAAUUUAACACCAGCUGGAGAUCACAGCAGGUCAGACAGCAUCCAUGGAGAGAGAUCAAGCUAACGUUUCAAGUCUAGAUGAUUCUAGUCUAGAUGAAGGUUGUUUUCAGUACAUCUUCCAGCAUCUGCAGUAAUUUGCUCCUACGAGUUAACACAGAGACAGACAAGGAGAUUUUAGGAGGGGAUGUACAAAAAUGUAGUCAACAUGGUGAGAUUUAAGGGGAAUCCUGAAGGUGAAGAGAUUUAAGAUGCCAAAAGGUUUGCAGAAUGCAUUCUACAGAUUUGUUUACAUCCAAGAAGUAUUUGCCACAAGUACUUUUAACACAGAAGUGCUAUUUGGAAGAGAUUUGUGAGACUUGCAUUAAAGAUUUUAUUGAUGUCUUUAACCCUCACCAGAUAGCAGAGGAAACACGUCGGGGUGGAUCCUUUUCAAUAUGACAUAUGAAACUGAGUCUUCACAGACCUUGGACCACUUUUCAAUUUUCUAUCCACGGCAUAUUCUUUCUUUUCAGAUAAUCAAUUCCUUUUUGAAUGCCUCAUUGACCUUGCUUCAUUCACACUCUUACCAUACACUAUGAGAAAAGACUUCCCCAUUUCUCUGUUUCUUCUUUUACCAAUCCCCUCCAGUCUGUGCCCUCUGGUUCUCCAGGACCACUAUCUGAUAAUGUUGAGUGAAGGGGCGAAGUCUCUACAGACCUGAGCUCCCUCAGCCCAUCAAUAUGUUGAUGUAAUAAUGUUGCGAUACAUUCACCAUACACUGUUCCAAGAUUCAUUUCAUGUUGUGGGAAAGAUCUUGAGUCAUUUUCAAAGGCUUUGUUAUUUUAAUUGAUUCAAAGUUAGGUUUAUGUUGAGCAUUUUUUGUCUGUUUUAUCAAUGAUCUGUAUACAUUUGUA